GAGACUCUUGACCGACUGCCAAAUCGAGGUGAAGCAGGUCAAGUGAUUGUCCCACAACCGCUACGCCACGCUCCCAGGGCAGCUGGUCAAACUGAUUUUAUUGAUCCCACGAAGAUAAAGUUUGGAGUAGAUGACGAAGGCACCGACGAUGAAAUAGCGAAGUUAAAGGAAAACAUUGACGACACCUCUGAUGAAGAAUGGCGACCCACAAAAUGGAGCGGGAGGCAGAAAAGUCUUGUUGAGAAAAUGUCCGAAAAAACUUCGGCAGCACAACGGGAUGUGAAGCAGUCCGAGCCUUGCGGUAAGAAAACAACCAGAGCCGGCGGGUUAAAGAGAGAGAACGUGGCGUGCGCCACAUGCGGCAAACAUUUCCGUAACGAGUAUCACCUUCGACGCCAUGAGAUAUCCCACAGCGAGAUUCGACCCCAUUCUUGCCACGUGUGCACCAAAAGAUUUAAGCAGAAAGCCCACCUGGUGGGUCACAUGAGUGUCCACGAGCGCCCGCAAGUUCAAAGCGAAAGCCCGGCCGUCAGGAAGAAGCGGGAAGUGGUGAAGUGCCCCGGGCGCCCUCGAAAGUCUUACACCGAGAAAGACCUCUCGUGCAAAGAGUGCGGCAAAGGCUUCAAGACGAUCUACCGACUCAAACGCCACGAGCAGUCCCACACGGACAUCAGGCCGUUCAGCUGUAAGAUAUGCGGCAAAGGUUUCAAACAGACGGGCCACCGAAACGAGCACGAGGCGAACCACGAGAAAGGCAAGAAAAGGUUCCUCUGCAACAUGUGCGGCGUCAUCUUCCGCUGCCGAUCGUCCUUUAACAACCACAUCAAAUCUCACGGCGUCGAGAAGCUCAGGCUCCAGCAGACCAAGGAGCCGUCCGAUUUUCUCCAGACAGGCUACGACUGUCCGUACUGUCCGGAAAAGUUCGCGACCGCGCAGGCGCUGAACAAUCACUUGGAGACGCACGUUGAGGUCAAACAUCGUCGUCACGUGCAGCCUUACAGCUGUGACGUCUGCAAGAGGGCAUUCACGUACAGACACAACCUGCUCAAGCAUAAGCUGAUCCACAAAGCACCGGAGCAGUUCGCCCAGUAUUACAAGGAGAAGAUCGAGGCCCACGUGGCUAGCGGCAAGCCCUCGUUCAAGUGUUUUGUCUGCUCCAAAGUUUUCAUAAGGAAAGAAACACUCGCCAAGCACUUCAAGAUCCACUCUGGGACGAAGCCGUUCAAGUGCACGAUCUGCAUACGAGAAUUCACCCAAAACGUUCAUUUGAAGGUUCACAUGAGGAAGCACACGGGCAGCCGUCCUUUCCAGUGCAAGGAAUGCGGCAAGGGUUUUAUUGACAGCACUUCCCUCGCUAAGCAUAUCGAAUACGAGGCUUGCAACGCCGAAAACGCCCUUUACCGCUGCAAGGUGUGCGAGAAACGUCACUACUACCUGGGCAGCAUCAAGCAGCACGUGAGGAAAGAGCACGGAGUUGUCGAUGCGACGAAGAUGGAGGCGUUCAUUUUGAAGUUUGAGAGAGCCGGCAAACGCAAGAGCUCGAGGGACGGGGAAAAGUAUGUGUGUCAAAUUUGCUGUUGGAACUUCACCGAAAAAUGCAACUUGGUGCGUCACGUCAAACGC